UGCAAAGUUCAGCCAAAUCUCGGGGAGCACGAGAGGUCUCAGCAUAACUUGGUGUUGUGGGGUCUGGGGCAGAGGAGCCACAGCUGGGUGUGAACAGAGUCACCUCUUGGUGUGGCCUGGCUGCUGGCCCGCCUGUGCACACCGGUGUCUGCCCAACAUCCAACCUGCGCAGAGCACACCAUUGCCUGCUGGUCUCGUGAGCGGCUUGUGAAGGAGGGCUCUGAGCUGACUGUACCGCUGAGUUUAGGAGAAUACGUGAAUUUGAAGGGAGAAAGUACUAGGCCUCACAGAACUGAGUUGUAUGAGGACACUCCGUCAGCAUGCUGGCCUAUCGUAUAUUCUCCAGACUACAACAUCACCUUCAUGGGACUUGAGAAACUGCAUCCAUUUGAUGCAGGGAAAUGGGGAAAAGUAAUCAAUUUCUUGAAAGAAGAAAAACUAAUUGCAGAUGACUUGAUUGUACAGGCACGGGAAGCCACUGAUGAAGAUCUCUUGGUUGUUCACACAAGGCGCUACCUUAAUAAGUUAAAGUGGUCAUUUGUUGUGGCUACAAUCACGGAAAUUCCACCAGUUGCCUUUCUUCCCAAUUUCGUUGUUCAGCGAAAAGUGUUGAAACCUCUACGAACCCAGACAGGAGGAACAAUAAUGGCAGGAAAACUUGCUGUUGAUAGAGGCUGGGCAAUCAAUGUGGGGGGUGGUUUUCAUCACUGUUCAAGUGACAAAGGUGGAGGAUUUUGUGCGUAUGCGGAUAUCACACUGGCAAUAAAGUUCUUAUUUGAAAGAGUCCAAGGCGUGUCUAAAGCCACAAUUAUCGAUCUGGAUGCCCAUCAGGGAAAUGGCCAUGAGAGGGACUUCAUGGAUGAUCAUCGGGUAUAUAUUAUGGACGUGUACAAUAGAUAUAUUUAUCCAGGGGAUGGAUUUGCUAAACGUGCCAUAAAACGCAAGGUGGAAUUAGAGUGGGGUACAGAGGACACAGAGUAUCUUCAGAAGGUACACACUCAUGUGGAAGGAGCAUUAAAUGAAGUAAAACCGGACGUCAUUGUUUAUAAUGCUGGGACUGAUAUUCUGGAUGGCGAUCCCUUGGGAGGACUGGCUAUUUCGCCUCAGGGAAUUGUGAAGAGAGAUGAAGUCGUGUUCAAGGCUGCCAGAAGCCGCAGAAUCCCAAUCCUGAUGGUGACGUCUGGAGGCUACCAGAAGAGGACAGCGCGGAUUAUUGCCGAUUCCAUCCUCAAUUUGCACAGCCUGGGGCUUAUUGACAAGGAGCUAGCAAUCAGUGGAGCUGGAAACCCCAAGGUAGAACAGAUGAUUAGAGACUCUGCUAAAGACUUAACCGACUUGUCACUGCAAUGACGAGUUACUAAAUUUUAGGAAACAGCUUCCUAGUUCAGGAGCAGGAAAUAUCUACAUCAUUAUCAGGGUUAAUAUAUUUUAAAAAGACUCAACUUGCCUGUAAAAUAACACAGUAGAGAUAAUACGCAGUCACAGAAUAACUGUGUCUGACUUCAGAAGCUAUCGUCAGCAAAGGCAACAAAACCUUUUAAGCUAAUUGAGACGUAUACUCAAGGGUACUGUCUUUCAGUUUAUAAUAUUACUGUAGAAAGCUUCAAUUGCUUCUCUUAUUGUUAUGGGUAGUCUGUUAUGUUGAAAGAACUAUGCAGUUGGUAUUCAAAGACUGUCCCAGACCUAUUUCAGAUGAUGCAGUUCAGACUGUGGUGGGAGAAAUAUGGACUAAACCUAUUGGCAUUUUUUUUUUAGAUACUACAUUUUAUUUAUUGCUUUUUUUAUUGAAAAACUGUUAUAAAACGAGUGCUGUACAGGCUUCAGCUGUCAGUUUAAUACUAAAGUUAAGUGCAAUACUAUAAAAACCAGUUGGGUUGGUACGCUUUUAAGCCAUAGCCUAUCAGAACAAAAGUUCAUUAAUUUAUAUUUUAUUCCUGUUGUUGCUAAUGAAUUAAAUCCUACUUAUAAACACCUUGAAAAAUAAAAUAUGAAAUGCCUUUGGCUCCAUAUGCAAAUGAGCCAUAAAGGCUCAGUAUUAACAGUCUAGUUCUUGCCUCUCUUAAAAUGAGGCCUGCAUAUAAAAGGCAAUAGUUACUAUGCAUUGUAAAUCACAGAGUAAAGUAACUACAAUAAAAUGAAAACUGAUUUUAGAGUUAUGAGAAUUCUCGCAGAAAAUAUUAUGUAGAAAUAUAGGCUAUCUUUUAUUACUGCCAGCUUGUCAUGUAUGAAACAGUGAAGAGUAAAUUCCGGUUAUUUUUUUUUCCCCGACUAGUGCUGUGUUUUUCAAUUGCUCGACGAGUAAUGGUACUCAUAGCUGCAGUCAUAGUUGGUAAGCAAAUUGUUAAUAUUUACGGAUAAAAAUACAGUGCAAUUUCUACAUUAAGUUAACGUGCUAACUUUAUAGGGCAGCUGUUAGGAGGAUUUGAGAGCAAAAUAGUGUGUUCAAAAGCAGAAUCAGUACACUCACUGUACAGUUUGGUUUUGUUGAAGUUGGUACGUUUUGCAUUAGGUGCUGUUUGUAGCAGUGGGUCGUAAAGGUACUAAACUGUAUAUUUUGCAAGAGCUUUUUUAACUUCCAGGUAUUCAGUGAUUUGUAGUACAAGUUCCACGUCAUGUUUAGGUUUGAGCCUUUCUAUGAAGAAACACCAAUAAUUUCCUUGUAGUACAGUUGGUGUGUAAGCUAUUUAAGGAAUGUUUAAUUCUAAUUGGAACACUUACCUCACUUAAUGUUAGUUUUUUAGAUUGCUGGGGUUUGUAAUUGUAAGAACUUGCACAAUUGCUAUAAAUAUCCGCUUUAAAACAGAUUUGACAUAUUGCACUAAUCUUGAGUUGCAACACUGUUAUUAAAAAGCACUUUUAAAUUUCUUACUAUAAGGACCAUCGGAGUACAACUAAUGUUGAGAUUUAUUUUUUCUAUGCUGUCUGAUGUUACUGAAAUAUGUCGUUGUUCUUUCAUAUAAUUUUUAUAAAAUUAUAAAUUACACUUCUAUAAACUAAAGCCCUGUCAUAGUACCACGUGGUCUUUUCCAAAACGUUUUCUGUUUGUGUUAACGUGUUUGCAUUUUCCCUCGGUGGAGAUUAAAAUGAUG